AUGGGCUCCACGUGCAGCACGUGCUUGCCGGAGGACGAGUGCGAAAAACGCAAACCCAGCUUUUACGACGUGGUCCGUCUCAUCAGCUCGAUCCCCGACUCGCCGGCAUCCUUCAACCUCUCGGAACUUGGCUCUGUUUCCGGCCAGAACUCGCCCACGGGGCGGGGCUCCCUCGUCAGCGCGUUAGGGUGGUCCAACCGCCCGAGGACCACCGACGCGCCGCUGCUCGUCGGCAAGGGGAGCCACUCGCUCGGCCCGCUCCUCGUGCAGAGGCAAAAGACGCUCCCGAUGAACCCCAGCAAAGGCCACAGCGAGGCGGAGCGGUACUGCGGCGAUGCGGCGGAGCGUGGGGUGAUGCGCGCAAACUCGCUGCCUCGCUCUCGACGGUCGUCGGGGUCCUGGGCGUCGUUCGACGCGGUCCCGGAAAAAGCGGCUCCCAACGUCGUCAGCAUAUAG